AUGAUCUUAUGCAUCUGCGGCUUACGGAGAUUGAUGCAGCUUCGUGUUCACUAUCGGAACAAUUGGAAUCCGUACUUUCUUCUCUUUGCACAAUCUGUGAUCCUUUUGUUCGUCUUCUUCACGAGUUUCGUACUCUGGUCUGAGAUUUUACUGACCAAUGAGGCUAACAUUGUAAAGGAAUUUCAGCUUAAGACAGAGGGGACGCCCAAAGAGAUUCACAACUGUUCAUUAGAAUUAUAUUGUGACUGCAACACCACGCAAGGAUGCCCUUAUCACGAUUGGGAACUUUUCAGUGUAGAUUAUCAAGAGAUGAUAAAGAAGCUCAAGAUCUUUGUGUACCCAGAGAAUGACAAUUCAUCUCCACUUGCCCGAAUCUUUCUUCCCCAUCCUAAUCUGAUGGAUCCAAAAAUCGGGAAUUAUUUCAGCGAGCAUGCAUUUAAGAUUGCUCUUGUAGACAGCUCCCUUGUUACUGCAAAUCCCGAGGAGGCUCACUUCUUCUACAUGCCUUUUUCCAUCAAUGUGAUGCGUAAUCAUCCGCACGUGCAUUCAGAGUCCGCCAUUUCCAAGUUUGUUGCCAACUAUGUUACGAGGAUUAGCUCUCGAUUACCCUUUUGGAAUGCAUCCGGAGGUGCUGAUCACUUCUUUGUUUGCUGCCAUUCAGUUGGGCGCGAUGCUGCCUCCCUCCAUUUUGGUCUGCGCAACAAUGCCAUUCAGAUCACUUGUUCGUCGAACUAUUUCCAGAGGCUUUUCUCUGCACAUAAAGAUAUAGCAUUGCCUCAAAUUUGGCCUCGCCCCCAUGAUGAAUCCUUGAAUCCUCCAAAUGCAAGGAACAAACUUGCCUUCUUUGCUGGUCGGGUUCAAAACUCAGCUAUCCGACAAGAGCUGCUAAACCUAUGGGUAAACGAUACUUCCUUUAGCAUAUUCUCCGGGCCUCCAUCUUUUCCCUACGAAGAAGGAUUCCGGACAAGCAAAUACUGCCUGCAUGUAAAGGGCUACGAGGUAAAUACAGCCAGAGUAAUGGACGCUAUCCACUUUGGUUGUAUUCCCGUCCUAAUAUCCAAUUACUACGACCUUCCGUUUGCUAAUGUCUUGGAUUGGAGCAAGUUUUCAAUCAUAGUUAACCAAAGGGAUAUCGCUCUCCUGAAGCACAUCCUGACAUCUGUGUCCGAGCAGAUGUACACAUCGCUGUAUCGAAACUUAGUUAUGGUUAGGAAGCACUUCAGGUGGCAUACUGUCCCUGUGGAUUAUGAUGCCUUUUACAUGACUGUGUAUGAGCUAUGGCGGAGAAGAGGAUUGCUUCGGAUCCGGACCUUAUAA